AGCAAAUAACAGUGGGCAGUUGAACAGCAGCCAGAGCCUGAAGAAGCCAGCUCCAGGGCGGAGGAAAGGAAGCAGAAGGCUCGGCAUCACCCUACGCUCGGCAAGAUGGGUGACUGGAGCUUCCUGGGGGAGUUCCUGGAGGAGGUCCAUAAGCACUCCACGGUCAUCGGCAAGGUCUGGCUCACCGUCCUGUUCAUUUUCCGCAUGCUGGUCCUGGGCACUGCUGCUGAGUCCUCCUGGGGAGAUGAGCAGGCUGAUUUCCGGUGCGAUACCAUUCAGCCUGGUUGCCAAAAUGUCUGCUACGACCAAGCCUUUCCCAUCUCCCACAUUCGCUACUGGGUACUGCAGAUCAUCUUUGUGUCCACGCCAUCUCUAGUGUACAUGGGCCACGCCAUGCACACUGUGCGCAUGCAGGAAAAGCAGAAGUUGCGGGAUGCUGAGAAGGCUAAGGAGGCCCAUGGCACUGGAGCCUAUGAGUACCCGGUAGCCGAGAAGGCUGAGCUGUCCUGCUGGAAGGAAGUGGAUGGGAAGAUUGUCCUCCAGGGCACCCUACUCAACACCUAUGUCUGCACCAUUCUGAUCCGUACCACUAUGGAGGUGGCCUUCAUCGUGGGCCAGUACCUGCUCUAUGGGGUCUUCCUGGACACCCUGCAUGUCUGCCGCAGGAGUCCCUGUCCCCACCCAGUCAACUGUUAUGUCUCGAGGCCCACUGAGAAGAACGUCUUCAUUGUCUUUAUGAUGGCUGUGGCUGGGCUGUCUCUGUUUCUCAGUCUGGCCGAACUCUACCACCUGGGCUGGAAGAAGAUCCGACAGCGCUUUGUCAAGUCACGGCAGGGUGUGGACAAGCACCAGCUUCUCGGCCCCUCCACCAGCCUAGUCCAGAGCCUCACUCCUCCCCCUGACUUCAAUCAGUGCCUAAAGAACAGCCCCAGUGAGAAAUUCUUCGGUGACUUCAGUAAUAACAUGGGUUCCCGGAAGAAUCCAGAUGCUCUGACCACUGAGGAAGUGCCAAACCAGGAGCAGAUUCCCGGGGAAGGUUUCAUCCACAUGCACUAUGGCCAGAAGCCCGAGCUGCCCAGUGGAGCCUCUGCAGGCCACCGGCUUCCUCAGGGAUACCAUAGUGACAAACGACGCCUUAGUAAGGCCAGCAGCAAAGCAAGGUCAGAUGACCUGUCAGUGUGACCCUCAUCCUAGGGAGGACCAGACCCAGGAGGGAUGUAAGGAGUGUGAGGCAGGAAAGAAGCAGUCCCUCACGACUGUCAGACCCUCCUUAACUCUGCUCCUUCUGUCCUGGGUCUGAAUGGCAUUGCUCAUUAUCCUCAAAAUGAACAGUUCUGAGUAUUCUCAAAGACAGGGCUACCCCUCAAGUCUCGUCCCUCCUCAUCCUCUGUCAGUAUUCACAGCCUUUCAAGUAGUUUAUUGAAUAUAGUGGAGGCAGGAAUGGGAACCAUGGCAAAAUCUGGUCUGUGGAGGACAGACUGAAGACUCAACAGCAGCAACAUACCAGAUAGACCCCUGCCCCAAGUCUUUGGUACUAUGCCCGUCCAAGCCCAAGGUUGAGAGUAUUUAUCAAAUUAUCUGCAUUGUAUCAUUCCUCUGAAUCUGUUGUUUCCAGGUACCAUACUUGGGAGUGCUGGUGAGGUAACUGUGAGCUACCCUUGACUGCAUCUCCCUCCUCCCAGUCUUAAAGGGGUAUUCUUGGUCCUCGGCCAGCAUCAGCUUUACAAGUGCCUUGGUAUGUGCCUUUGGCAAACAUUUCAUGUUGAUGCUGCUGCAGCCUUACUGCCAGGCUAGACACCCAGCUCAUAAGGGUGCCAAGACCUCUAGAAGUCACUGUGCAGACAAGCAUCACUGGAAUUGCCACCAGCUGUCAUCCUGUGGCCCUUGACAGUUCAACCUAAUGAUAGAAACCAUCCUGGCCAACUCACCAGUGUUCCUCUAAAGUCUUUGUUAACAGGAUUGUCCAAAGUCACCAUCCUCUCUUGGAUCCUAGCCAGAUUACCAGCCACCAAGUUCAGUGGAAUU